AUGGUGAGAAUGCAAACAAAAGCUGUAAUGGUGUUCAAACUUGAUGAAGAAGGAAACGCUUUUUACACUCAAGACAUUGGGGAUCUCUACAUUUUCAUCUCAAGGUCUGAACCUUUCUGUGUCCCGGCUAGCUCCUUUCCCGGCAUGUUCUCUAACUUCGUUGAGCUCUUGGAUGUUAACGAAAACGUUACUGUCGAUCUGUCUGAUUACUCCAUGAAUGGUGGAUUUGGUUAUUUCGGUGCACCAGCCCACAUCCCACCUCAAAAACUAGACUAG